GUGCUCUCUCUAGCACCCACUCUGUCCCCAAGCUUCAGCUUAAGGUUAUUUCUGUUAUGUUUGGCCAGAUUGCUCUCGUCAUAGCAGCAUUGUCAUCUUUCUCUGCCACUGCUAGUGGAGCACGCCUCAAGGAUGGACGUGCACAUGCCAACAUGGCUCCCAGUGCAGUUGUUCCAAUAAUCUCCCUCGGCGACAUCGACGCAAAUGCACCAGUUACAAGCCGAAACGGAACGCAACUCCCGCCGUAUAACACAACGUACCUUUUCGAUCAGCUCAUUGAUCAUAAUAAUCCCAGCCUCGGUACAUUCAAGCAGCGAUUCUGGUUCACGUAUGAGUUCUAUGAACCAGGUGGACCGAUUAUUUUAAUGACACCUGGCGAGGCAAAUGCUGCACCUUACACCGGAUAUCUUACUAAUCGUACCAUCAAUGGACUCAUUGCACAGCAGCAGAAUGGUUCCACUAUCGUCCUUGAACAUCGAUACUACGGACUAUCAAACCCCUUUGAUGACUUGAGUGUCGCAAGUCUCAAGUACCACACCAUUCAGCAAGCUAUUGAUGACCUUGUCUAUUUUGCACAAAAUGUUAAAUUACCUAUGCCUGGCGGGGAUAAAGUCACACCAGACAAGGCUCCAUGGGUGCUUAUUGGCGGGAGUUACAGCGGCGCACUGACGGGUUGGACGAUGGUUAAUAAACCAGAUAUAUUCUUCGCUGGAUACGCUUCUUCAGCCGUCGAGGAGUCCAUCAUAUACUUCUGGCAAUACUUCGACCCCAUUCGACAAUUUAUGCCAGCAAAUUGCUCUGCAGAUGUUCAGGCUGCCAUCGCACAUAUAGAUCAGGUCUUCACACAUGGAUCAACGGCCGAGAUUGCCAGCAUAAAGAGCAACUUUGGAUUAGGAGACAUGACCCAUUUGGAUGAUGUUGCUGGAGCUUUACGUAAUAACCUAUGGGAUUGGCAAAGUUUAUCGCCCACGUCCGGGCCGGGAGCACUCUUCUUUACCUUCUGCGACGCACUUGAAGUAAAGAAUGGCGUCUCUGCCGGUCCGAGGGGUUGGGGCGUCGACCAUGCACUCCAAGCCUGGGGCAAGUUCUGGAAUGAGACAUAUUAUGAAUUGCUGUGUGGAGAUAUGGAUGCAGAGACAUGUCUGGGGACUUACGAUCCAACACAGGACUUUUGGACCAAUACAACUAUCGAUAACUCUGGUCGCUCGUGGACGUGGAUAGUUUGUAACCAAGUCGGUUUCUUCCAAGACGGGGCUCCAGAGGGCACGCCAAGCCUCGUUACGAGGCUUGUGCAGCCGGCAUACGAUGAGCGCCAAUGCACGUACUGGUUCCCAGAGGCAUUCAGCAAGCCGCCCACCCCUAAUGUAGCGUCGACUAACAGGGCGUAUGGUGGCUGGGACUUAACUGCCGAUAGGCUGUUCUUUGCGAAUGGGAAACGCGAUCCCUGGCGUGAUGCAACCGUCUCUUCAGACUUCCACACCCGUCAGAGUACUUCAUCGCAGCCCAUCGCGGUCGGCGACGGGUUCCAUUGCUCAGACCUCAGCGCUGCAGCGGGAAUGGUGGACGACACAAUUGCGAGUGUACAGAAAGAAGCGCUGGCAAAGAUGAGGGGGUGGUUGGCUACUUGGAAUAGUAAUACCAAGAAAGGUGGGUUCAGGAAGGAGAAGAGGGAUGCAGAGUCCAACAUUGCUGGAGUGGCAAGGGUGAAACCCGUGAAUGUGUGGCUAAGGAACUCGGUAGUCGUUUCUUGACCGUAUCUGUGUUGAAACUUCAGAGGGCGACAACAAAAUUAAUGUUACAAUUUGCGUCUAGCGC